GGGGCUGGUCCAUUCCCCCUCGUUGCUCCUUCAUUGGCCCAGUCCAACAUCAAUCUGUUGAUUUCCAGGUCGCCCUCAAGUUUGAAACUUUUUCUUUUUUUUACGAGGAGAAGGAGGAGGUGGAGGAAUCGGGUUACAACAAACUCUUGUAACCGAUCUCAGACUGAAAACAGUCUUUCAAUAAUUUACACAUCAGCGCCCGAUACACGGUUACAGGACAAGAAGAAACAGGACGUUGUAACAGCGGAGACAACACAAACUGAAACAAAAAAAAAAAAAAAAAAAUGUUGUGAAGCGACUUUUGUUUGGUGCCAGGAUGAAGACUUGAGGGGUUUUGUUCAGAUUAAGUUGUCAUCUCGCUGACUGGUCGCUCUUGUGUCCCACUGAAGCUGAGAGGAAGACUUGACCAUGGACUCAUUCAGUACCAAGAGCUUAGCCCUGCAGGCGCAGAAGAAGCUGAUGAGCAAGAUGGCCACAAAGAGCAUGGCCAACCUCUUCAUUGACGACACCAGCAGCGAAGUGCUGGACGAGCUGUACCGCGUCACCAAAGAGUACACCCGCAACCGCAAAGAGUCCCAGAAGAUAAUCAAGAACCUGAUCAAGAUGGUGGUGAAGCUCGGAGUGCUCUACAGAAACAACCAAUUCAACACCGAGGAGCUGAUCCUGGUGGAGAACUUCAGGAAGAAAGUCCACACUCUGGCCAUGACGGCGGUCAGUUUCCACCAGAUCGAGUUCACCUUCGACCGGCGCGUCAUGAGCGCCAUUUUGAACGACUGCCGUGAACUCCUGCACCAGGCCAUCAAACGUCACCUGACAGCCAAGAGCCACUCACGGGUCAACCACGUCUUCAAUCACUUCGCCGACUGUGACUUCCUGGCGGCUCUGUACGGGCCCUCAGAGGUUUAUCGUGCUCACCUGCAGAGAAUCUGUAACGGGGUUAAUAAGAUGCUUGACGAGGGAAACCUCUGACCUCCAUUUGCCUCGUCAACCAGCACGUUUACCUCUAGUCCCGCCUCAUGUACUCAUUUCUUUGUUUCGUUUUUUAAGACAGUUGUGAACAUUUUCAUUAUUCCUUUGUUGGUUUGUGUUUGUGUGUGCCUUUCAGACGUCACUGUAACAAUGGCUAGUUAGUCCAAAGUAUAUUUCUUCUCCACCCUGACUAUGUGUGUUACUUCACAGUUAACAAAACCCAGCUGAUGUUUUUAUUUAAUGAAUGUAAAACUUUGUGCUCUUAUCAGUAUACCCAAGGAUAGGAGCCUUGACAACUGUGCCUUGAAAACCGUAUUUUACCCUCAUUCCAAGGCUUUCUUUUCCUUCUUACUUAAUACAAAAAGACAUGAAUCGGGGCACAGGCCUGGUUUUUGUUGCCUUUAAUGAAUGAAGAUAGUUCUGGGAGCACCAUGAGAGGAAAGAAAGUGAAUUUCCAAAGACUAAGUGUUUUUUUUCUUUUAUCUUUAUUUGUUUUUUUCUUGAAGUAGUUUUGCACUCAGUCCUGAAUAAGCGCUGUACUGUACUUUCCUGCAGUAGUGAAACCACGUGAAGUACGUCAGUUGAGUAAUCCUGCUUAGCCUGCAUUUCUUUUUUUUUUACAGCUCUCACAAUCAUGCACUGAACUCCGCUUUGUAGAGAAGCCAGCCUUUUGUUUGGCGGGCACCUAUAAACCCAGUUUUUCUUCUAACAGUCUGGUUUAUAGGCACCACAACAAAGAUGAAGUAUCUGGGUCAGAGGGGACCAUUAGCAUGGAGGAAUUUGAUUGUUGGGUAUCGUUUAACACGUUUGCGUUGACUCCAGUGUCUCGCCACUCAUCUGGUAAUAAAAAUGACAGCAGCACAGCUUGGCACCAAGUGCAAAGGUUGCUCCGGAUUUUUAUCAGGCGGGAAUUAAGCGCAGUCAAACUACAUGUUCAGGGUCCACUGCAGGUUUAUCAGUGUUGCCUCAGGUUUACCCUAAAAGCACUGAACCUCUAGUUUAUAUUCUGACUGAUCAGAACUUAAAAAGACUCCCCGUGAGCAGUCAGAUGAAAGGCUGGACCAAAACUGCAGCUCUGUGUCCAUAAAAGGGACCGGGCAUGGUUUAGAGAUUACAGCAGAGACAAACAGUGUACCUGAUUGUACUCUCCCACUGCAAUUAUAGUUCACUGCUCUGGGGUUGGUAUAAUGGCCUGAAGCUUGCCUCCGUCGAGCAGCCACUCCAGCUCACACAGCUGAGAUAACCAUCUCUGUUUGCACCAUGAAAAUCCUUUUAAUGGGGUGAAAGAUGUUGUGGUGUUGCUUUUCUGUAAAGGAGCACAUGAAUAGUUACAUCCAUCCCUCUCUAACCUCACAUAAUAGCUGUCUUUCCUUAUUGUCAAUGUGUUUUGUAUCACCAAGCCUGUCUGGGAGAUUGUUUUGUGCUGUGGCCUCAUUUUGUAUUCUGUGUGUGUGCGCGUGUUUGUGUGCAUACCUGUGAGAGAAUUGGAAAUUGAGCCGUGUAAUAAGCGCUGUGCUUUCCCAGAUAGGAUUGCUGAAACUUUAACUUCUUCCGCAGCAGUUCUGCCAAAAGAAAAAAAAAAAGGGACUGUUGUUACUCAAACUGCAGUCUUUUUCAAGAGGGCACUUCAGAAAACAAUAUGCACUUGAUAAUUAUAACACAGCUCUUGGUGAUAAUGAAGACAGAGGUGGUGGCUGUUGUGGUUUCACUCCUCGUUUAUUCACUUUUUAACUCUUUAGAUGACUUUGCUCCAUUUAUGUUCUCAUUUGUUAAAUCUGAGUCUGAAUCUUUUGAAAGGCUUUAAAGUAAAUCCUUUUUCCUAAGCUCCACCUCCCCCCAAAAAACAAACAAAAAACAGCUGACAUUAAUUGUCUUUUAAUGCUGUUUGCCCCAAUCUGUCCAUAUUCUCAGGGCUAAAUCUCCCUCUGAUCACAUGGACUAAAAGCACCACAAACCCCUGCAGCAGCCUCACUUAUUUUACUAAAUCAUACUUUUUUACUAUUGUGAAAUGUUUUUAUUUUGGCUCAUGUACAUAUGAUUUUUUUUGUGUGUCUCUGUAUUGUAUCCACAUGCAACAAAUAUAAUACAAAUUACUUUUUUAAAUGAA